AUGGCAUUAACAGAAGCAGCAGAUCUAAUAGCUGCAAUGGUUCAAGAGGUCUUCUCUCUGUCAGUUUCCUCUGGCAUCAAAGACCAUGGCAUUAACAAAGACAGAUCUAAUAGCUGCAAUGGUUCAAGAAGGUCUUCUCUCUGUCAGUUUCCUCUGGCAUCUAAGACCAUGGCAUUAACAGAAGCAGCAGAUCUAAUAGCUGCAAUGGUUCAAGAUGUCUUCUCUCUGUCAGUUUCCUCUGGCAUCAAAGACCAUGGCAUUAACAGAAGCAGCAGAUCUAAUAGCUGCAUGGUUUCUCUCUGUCAGUUUCCUCUGGCAUCAAAGACCAUGGCAUUAACAGAAGCAGCAGAUCUAAUAGCUGCAAUGGUUCAAGAGGUCUUCUCUCUGUCAGUUUCCUCUGGCAUCAAAGACCAUGGCAUUAACAGAAGCAGAGGAUCUAAUAGCUGCAAUGGUUCAAGAGGUCUUCUCUCUGUCAGUUUCCUCUGGCAUCAAAGACCAUGGCAUUAA